ACUCACCUGACCAUGAUGGUGUUCCGCAUUGGAAUCCCUGACAUCAAACAGACAAGGUGUCUGCAGUUUGACCCUGACUUCACGGUGUGGAGUGCCAAGCAGCAGGUCGUCUGUUCGCUGAGCGAGCCACUGUGGGACAUCUACAACUAUGGCCUCUUCCAGCCCGCCGGAGAGGGACGAGACGCCAUGUUCCUGGAGGAGGAGCGCUGCCUCCGAGACUACCCACAGUCCUUUGAGAAAGGGGUGCCUUACCUGGAGUUUAGGUACAAGACCAGGGUAUACAAACAAACAAACCUGGAUGAAAAACUACUUACUAAACUGCACACCAAGGCGAGUCUGAAAAAGUUCAUGGACUACAUUGUGAGUGGAUCAUUAGAUAAGAUAUCAAAGGUCCUGGACAAAGGUCUCGACCCAAACUACCAUGACCCUGACAAUGGAGAGUCUCCUCUGUCUGUGGCGGUGCAAUCUGGUAUGACAGUGGAGGGGAUCAGGGCGCUCGUUCAAGGUGGGGCCCAUGUCGACUUCAGAACCAGAGAUGGACUGACAGCUGUACACAAGACUGUCAGGGCACACAAUCAUGUUGCGCUGCUGGCUCUACUGUCCCUGGGAGCGUCUCCUGAUUACAAAGACAGAUGUUGCCUGACCCCGCUGUACCACUCAGUGCUGAUAGGUGGCGACACCUCCUGCUGCGAGACCCUACUCUACUACAGGGCUAGACUGGGAGUGAGAGAUGAAAACGGCUGGGAGGAGUCUCACCAGGCCUGCCAGAAUGGUUUUGCCCAGCACCUGGAGCACCUUCUGUUCUAUGGGGCAGAUACCACUUCUCAGAAUGCCUCAGGGAACACCGCACUUCACAUUUGUGCCCUGUAUAAUAAGGAAAGCUGUGUCCGUGUUCUGCUCUACAGAGGUGCCAAUAAGGAAAUGAAGAACAAGCAUGGACAAACCCCCUUUCAGGUAGCAGUAAUGUCAGGCCAUUUUGAAAUCGGGGAAAUCAUCAAAAAUCACAGAGAUGCAGAUGUAGUGCCCUUUCUGGAAUUCCCAAAGUAUGCUCCCAAAAGAGGAGAGAGUGCACGCACAAUCCCUCUCCUCGUGGCUCACCCUCACCCCCACCCCCUCCUGCGUGCUAACAGUGAUAACAGCAUGACCCUGCCUGAUACCAUGGCCCUGCCCAACAAGGCUGCUAGAUCCAAUCCCAUCCCUGGACAGGGUCGCAGGGCCUCUGUAGGUGUGAGGAGAUCCAGCAGUCCCAGGGCCCGUACCCGCUCCCCAUCACGAGGAAGAGGAGGAGGACAGAGUGACACAGAAGAGAGGCAUCACAGCAAACCACAGCGCGGCAGACAGGGUGCGACCUCAACAACAGGUGGUGGUGGGGGGUCAGCUGGGGGUCAGAUGAGGCGUAUGUACAGUGCGGUCCCAGGGCGAGUGUACGUGGCCACGAGGGCCUACACUGCCCACGGAGACAAAGAGCUUAGCAUCAGCAAAGGAGACAAAGUCAAAGUGUUGAGUGUGGGAGAGGGGGGGUUUUGGGAGGGCACAGUGAAGGGUCGUACAGGCUGGUUCCCCUCAGACUAUGUGGAGGAGGUGGGUCCUCCCAUUAAGGACAAUCGAUCCGAGACGCGCAGUGAGAAAGCCAAGAGGAAGCUGUUUCGUAAUGUUACCGUGGGAGCAUAUGAUGGUGUGGAUGGCCCCAGUGACUACAUCAUUAAGGAGAAGACAGUGCUCCUGCAGAAGAAAGACAAUGAGGGCUUUGGCUUUGUGCUUCGGGGAGCCAAAGCCCAGACUCCUAUAGAGGAGUUCACUCCGACCCCAGCAUUCCCCGCGCUGCAGUACCUGGAGUCUGUGGAUGAGGGGGGUGUGGCCUGGAGGGCUGGUUUAAGGAUGGGGGACUUCCUUAUUGAGGUUAAUGGUCAGAAUGUAGUGAAGGUGGGCCACAGGCAGGUAGUCAACAUGAUCAGACAAGGUGGCAACGCUCUGAUGGUCAAGGUUGUCAUGGUGACCCGCAACCCAGAGAUGGAGGAGACCAACCUCAGGAAGAAAGUCCCCCAGCAGGCUAAGAGGCUGACUCCUCCUGCCAUUGCCCUGCGCUCUAAAUCAAUGACAUCAGAGCUGGAAGACAUGGCUGCCUCUCCAUGGAAAAAUAAAGCAGAGUACGAGUCCUCCCAGGUGCCUGAUAAGAAGAGGACAGUCUAUCAAAUGGCACUGAAUAAACUGGAUGAGAUCCUGGCGGCGGCUCAGCACACAAUCACAUCAGACGGACAGGGACAGCGGGGUCACGGAGGGAAGAGAGACCGAACCAAGAGCAUCGCCCCCAAUGAGCCAAGUCAUGACCAGUUGGUUGGUGUGAUGCCGCCUGGGUUUGGUUACAACCAGGGUCAAUACCCCCCCGGCCAGCCUCAUGGAGUAAUGCUGCGACAGAAAUCUAUUGGUGUGAUGGAGGAGGAGAGGCAGUACCUCCACAACCCGGCCAUGAAACUGGCCCGUAGUCUGUCAGAGGACAUCCCCCCUCCCCCCAACACGUCCGCCCCGGAACCCCCCUUAUCUGCUGACCCCCAUACUGUUUGGAGGGGGGAGCAGUCUGCCCCCCAGCCCCCAUCCUCCCAGGCCCAGGCCCAGGCCCUCCUCACCCAGCAGCAGGCAGUCCACGCCACCCAGGCAGGCUGGGACAGGGGAGGCCCUGUCAAUCAACAGCACGGCAUGGCCCCGACCCUCCGGAGAGGAGGAGGACAAUACACAGGGGAGCCCCCAGAGGGGACGAAGAGAGGAGGGGGCAAAAUGGGGGCGUUGAGGAGGGGCUACAGUAGUGCUACUCCACCCACGAGCGCCGCUCCCAAAACUCAACAGCAACCCCAGCAGCAGCAGCCCCAGCAGCAGCAGCCCCAGCAGCAAGUGGCGACCCGGGAGAGGGGCGGAGAGGCAGGCAGGGGUGGGGGAGGCAGGAAGGGAGGGAGGGGCCCUCUAGUAAAGCAAACCACAGUGGAAGGUGGGCUCAGCAGGCACCACCGAGGGGGGCAAGGCCAGGUGGGUAAGCGCUCAGGGGCCAAAGAGAAGAGCUCCAUCCCCAUCCCCACCAUCAUCGUCAAGGCCCCCUCCACCAGCAGCGGCAGUGGCCGCAGCAGCCAGGGCAGCAGCGUAGAUGCCGAGCAUCCGCCUCCCGACAUAGACGACCCUACCUCCCCAUCCGCCUCCGCCGACACCCCCACCACUCCCGGCCUGCCUUCCCCUGUGUCCCCCUUACCACCCCAGCCCCGUGUCUCUUCCGCCAUGCCCCCUUCAACUGUCGCCCCCCAGCUGCCCCCUAACCUGGAGAAUCUGGACUUCACCAACCAGUUCAGGGGGGCCUUCGUCGGGGCAGCGCGCCAGGACCGGGAACGUUUCCGUGACAUGAGGAGGAAGAGUGCUUCCUUCUUCCUCUCCUCCGAAGAGGACAUCCAAGGGGAGGCGGGGGGAGGUGGAGGGGUAUGGACUCAGCCCCUACAGGGGAUGGGGAUGGAUGUCCCCACCCCCCGCCUCCGCCCCUCCAAGUCCAUCGACGAGGGCAUGUUCUCUGGGGACAAUUACGUCCACUACGCCAGCAGCAUGCCCCCUGCCUUCGGGCUGCCUGAGUACCACUCCCCUGUGAUGGGCCAGGACGGCCAGCCCAAGUCCGCUCCCUCCAACUACGGCCCAGGCUCUCCAGCCACCACCUUCAUCCACCCUCUGACUGGGAAGGUCCUUGACCCCUCGUCCCCCCUGGGCCUGGCGCUGGCUGCACGGGAAAGGGCCCUCAAGGACGACCGGAGGACCCGGCGGGAGGAGCGGCACUUUGGCCGGCAGAUGUCCAGCGUGGGGGCAUUUCCUACCUCUCUCCCAUCCCCCACGCCGUCCCUGUUCCCCGCCACUACCUCCCCCGCCUCCCUGAGCCGCCCGCUGUCACCCAGGAUAUUACGCUUGGGAGGUGAAGGGGGAGGGGAGAGAGUGGAGAGGGACCAGGCGGCCGGAGCCAGAGAGGGCCUCAGAGUUCGCUUUUCAGAGGAUAGAACCAACCAGUACCAGACCCAGUAUUAUCAACAGAGUCCUAGAGACAGGGAGCCACCUGGCCCGCCCAUGCAGCCGCCCGGCCCGCCGCCUCAGCCUGCACACCGCAGACCCUCGUUCCUACAGAUGGAAAGCAGUGCAAACUCUAGCUACAUCCCCCAAUACCGCCUACCCGCAGCCCCACCCCACCCACAUGAAGAUGGGGGAGAGGGAGGAGGAGGAGUGGGACUGGGGCUCAUGGUGCUUCCACCGCCCACCCCCUCCAUAGACAUAGAUGAUGAGUUUGUCUUUGUUGAUCCCCUACCCCCUCCCUUGCAGUUCGCCAACGGCCAAGGCCAGAGAGAACUGCAGAGGGGAUACUCUCAACAGCAUCAACACUCAGCUCAACACGCCCCUCUCGCCUUGCCACCUCCGCCACCCCCCCUCCCCUCCCCUAAAGUACCUCCACCAGGAGGCUUCGCCUCCAACGCCCCCCUCCCUUCCCCCCAGACUGGGGAUUCUGCUGCCUCCAGCCUCACGUCCUACGACAGCGAGGUGGCCAACCUCACCCAGUCAGCUCUGUCUCCCUCCCUCACCUCGCCCCAAAUAUUCCCCCGUUCCUCCACCGCCACAGUCGCCUCCGUUUUACCCGCCGCCUCACUCCACAGACCCCAGCCCAUGUCCCAUGCACACCCGUUCUCCAGUGACUCCAGCGUACCGGUUAACCCCGCUAAUAUGGGGGCCCCUGUUUCGCCGAUGACCUUAGCGCAGGACCGAGGCGCGGCCACCCUCACUACGACUGUGACCUACGCCACCACGAUGACCGUGACCGCCGCCGCCACCAGUACCACCGCCUCUGCGCCGUCUUCAGACUACAAUGUAGCUGGGACCGCCCCCAGAACUGCCGCCAGUGCUGCUGGCAAGGCAGGCGACCACCAACCCUCCAGGAUGAAGACUGGAGACUGGCAGACAGAGACGGUGGUGGACUCUGGGAUUGAGGAGCUGGACAGUAGCAGCGACCACCAUCUGGAAACACUGGGAACGAUGCAGUACAAAGAGGGGGGCAUCAAGGACACAAGGGAAGCGUUGCGUCGACAGGCAAGCACCAAUCCGCCCUGCCAGAGCGUCCCACCACACCCCCAGAGACAGGCCAACCCAGAGGAGGAGGCCAGGAGAGGAGAGGGAGGAGCAGCGGACGAGAGGAAACAACGCAGACAGAGUCGACCCAAGAUGGAGGACAGCUUCGGUUCCACCUUGGCUGCCUGUCUUGAGCGGCCCAACACCCUGGAACCAAGACCCUUGUCCUGGAGCGAGGGGGUCGACCCGGGGCAGGGCCUGGAGCGAGGCGGGGGUGGGAUGUCUGUGGAGGGGCGCAGGCUGCACUCACCCUUAUCGGGAGUAAAGGCCAGCAUCAUCAACGAGCUGAGCUCCAAGCUGCAACAGAUGAGCAAUAAGAGCACGGAGGACUGGAGUCAGUCUGAGAUGCGAGGUCCGAGUCCCAUUAAUCCGAGGUCGCCCACAAUGCAAAGAUAUUCAGGGGAUUUCUCUGCCUCGUUUCAGAGCCCCCCCACAGGCCACUCCACUUCCCCCUUACCCACCUCCUCCCCACAGCAUCGCCCGUCAAUCUUCACCCCCAAUCUCACUGCCACCCCCUCCGAGCUGAGGUCGUCUAUGUCCCGCCGGCGCGCCCCCAGCCCCCUCAUCUACUCCACAAACCGCCCCAACCCCGCCCCUCCCAGACCCUCCUCCCUCCCCAUCCUCCCCAGCACCCCUGUCUACAACACCCCCUUUGAGUUCCCCGUUCCCCUAACUCCCUCAUCCCCAGGUCACACCAUAGGAGACCCCUACAACCCUUCCACCUCUCCUCUCUUUCCCACAUCCCCACAACCUCCCAGCGCCCUCCUGGUCUCCCGCUCCCUCUCCCCCACCCAGUUCCUCUCCGCUCCCCCUGCCAAGCCCUUCGCCAUCAAGCCCCUGUCCUACUGGACCAAGUGGGACGUGGCCGACUGGCUUUCCUACCUGAACCUGGGGGAGCACAGGGAACGUUUCAUGGAUAACGAGAUCGACGGCUCCCACUUGCCUUCCCUCACCAAGGACGACUUCCUGGACCUGGGGGUGACGCGCGUCGGCCACCGCAUGAACAUCGAGAGAGCGCUGAAGAAACUGACUGACAGGUGA